UUUAAUCUUUUGUACAGGUUAUAUGAAAACUCAAAAUGUACAUUCUUUAAUUUCCAGAUUCGAAAUCGAUGAUUUCAGCGGUCACGUGGUAACCAGGCCUCCUUCGCGAAUUGACAUCUAUACAAUUCCAACCGGGCAUGGAUAGAUUCAGCAGCGCGUUAUAUGGGGAGCAGAGCAGAGACGACUGGAUUGGAGUAUUGACGCAGUAGAAAGCGCAAGCGCCAACAAAACCCGGAGCCGGUACGUUAUAUCGGACGUACGGCACGGGAGCGACAGCCUUGUUGCUUUUAUUUUGCCUGCUACCGCUCAGCGGCGCCCGUCAGUGGAUUUGCUGACAAAUGCAAUAAUAGAAAAUACAAC